AUGACAUCCUAUUUUCAGAAAGAAAGGAUCCCAGACCAGGGAGACCCAACCGUUCAUCCAAAGAAAGGACCGAGAGGACCUGAACACCGUCCGAUAUGCGCGAGCAUGUUAUACAAAGUAUUCACCAAGAUCAUCCCACACCAAUCAGGAUGCGAUGAGCCCAGCCUCAAGAACAAGCGGAUUCCGCCAAGGGUUCAGCUCGAACCACAUCAGACCAUGUCGAGGGUCAGAGGUCGCCGGGAUACCGCCCCUUCAACCUCGUCACAGAAAGCCUUACAGCAAAACACAAACGUCAGCGCGGUCGAUCAAGUGUGGACGCGUCGUAUGGAGGACAUACCAAAACGAUGCACGACAAUCAGCCACCGCCCUCACCAACCCAUGAAGGAGACACAAGGCGAUACAUAUCGCCGAAGCGUUCCGCGCAUCAAGAAGAAAUCACAUCCGAAAAAGGACAACGUGUGA